AACUGGACAUUCAGAUUUCAGGCUCUGCAACUAGUUGGUGGUUAACCACUGCUGCUGACCACCAGUUUCUGUUCUAUUAUUCUGUUAGGUCAGAUGUGUCAGUGAAUUGUUUCUCUGUCAUUGCUGUAUAUGUCAUUGUAUACUGGCCAGUUUCCCUGGUGUUUUAUCUUUUCAAAAAGCUUAUUAGUUACAAAUGCCAAAUGGAGGCAGGCUGGAGGAAUGUUUGUGUAAGUGUAUUGUAAGCAAGUUUAGGUGUAACAUUAUGUAGAAUCGAAAAAGUAUACUCAGGUUUGAAUUUUGGCAGCUUUUAAAUGGCUAUUUCAUGGAAAAUAAAACACACAUGGACACUCAAUGUAGGGGAGCAGUGUGUAGGCACAUUCAGUUGCGGUGCUCAUCAAGUUUGGUCAGUUCAGCAUAUUAACAAGUGCAAAGGAUUUAAACAUAAGAACAAGAACAUAUAAUGAACUUGAUCGGAAACCUGAUCAGUCAUGCUAUAUGGAGAAAUGGAAAAGUAUUAGCUGCUUCUCUAAAUGAUCUGGCUUAUAUGAAGUAUGAUUGCUCAUCCAACACAAGAUAGUGUUUUAACCUAAAACAUAGCAAAGGUAAAGACACAAAUGGCACACAAUUAUAGUUCUUUCUUAAAACUGUAGAAUUUGCACAAAACAUGCUGUUAAUAAGCUUUAGCAUUUUUUUUUCAUUGAAUGUUCUUUAUGCCUACUAGCAUGUAGGACAGCAACAACGGAUUCCACUUCUUUUUGUUCUGGGCUAGCUUCUGUAUGGUUCCCCAAAUAUGGUUCAGAGCUAUGAGUUCUUCUUCCAUUGCUCACCAACAGGUGUUCUUAGGCCAUCCUCUCUUGUGUCUUCCUUCUGGUGUCCAGUAAAGGGGAGUUUGUGGGAUGCGGUCCUCUUCUCCUUGGAUGACAUGCUCAAUCCAUCUUUGCCUUCUCAUGAUGGAAAUAUCAAGGCUCACUUGAUUGCACUGGGCAAGUUGGAGAUGGUGUUGGGCCAUUAGAUUCACCACCACACAUUGUUCAGCAUUCUAAAGUCAGCUCUUGAUGUCACUGCCUGCUCCUCUUACAGUGCUGCUCAGAUAACCUUUGAUUAUAGGCAAAUCUGCUCCAUCUACUUGUACUGGAGAUGGGCUUUGGGUGUUCGAUGUUUUUUGUUUGUUUGUUUGUUUGUUUAGAAGAAGAAGAAGAAGAAGAAGAAGAAGAAGAAGAAGCCUUUAUUUGUCCCAUGCACACUCAAGCACAGUGAAAUUCGUCCUCUGCAUUUAACCCAUCUGAAGCAGUGAACACAUGCAUGCACACCCACAUGUGAGCAAUGAGCACACACACACAUACCCAGAGCAGUGGGCAGCUAUGCUACAGCGCCCAGGGAACAGGUGGGGGUCAGGUGCCUUGCUCAAGGGCACUUUAGCCCAAGGCUGCCCCAUGUUAACCUAACCUGCAUGUCUUUGGACUGUGGGGGAAAUCGGAGCAUCCAGAGGAAACCCACGCAGACAUGGGGAAAACAUAAAAACUCUACACAGAAAGGCCUCCAUCAGCCACUGGGCUUGAACCCAGAACCUUCUUGCUGUGAGGUGACAGUGCUAACCACUACAUCACUGUGCCCCCACCGUGCCUGUUUGUUGUGCAAAUGUACUAAUGAGAAAUGUUUUUUCCCCCUACAUGUGCUGGUGGAUAUAGGAGAACAGUGCCAAGUUCUUCUAGUGUUGAUAAAAAGGUCUAUCUGAUGCCUUUCGUUCUUCAGUUGUUCACUUUGGAAAUGAAUAAUGAUAUAUUGAUGAACUUUUCUCUGCAACUUAGCUUAGCUUUGAAACUAAAACACCAUCCGUGUUUCUUUUUAAUCAAUCCCCAUAUCUACUCUAUAGGUGCUGUCUCGCCAAUUCUUGAGCAACAUUCUCCCCAAAAUUUCUUUUUUGUCUGUUUCAUCAUUCUCCUUGCCUUUGCCUUCCCAUCAGGAUCUGGGGAUUGUUCUCUGUGCUUGUUUAAAAACUCAAUUCUUUUCUUUAGCUGCUAGUCUAGUUUCCUCCCACAGUCCAAACACAUGCAGUUUAGAUCAACUGGCUACUCUAAAUUGACUAUAGGUGUCAAAGUGAGUGUGAAUGACUGUCUCUCUCUCUCUGUGUUAGCUGGUGACCUGUCAUGGGUGUACCCCACCUCUCACCCAAUGUCAACUGAUUGGCUUCAGCUCACCUGCAACCCAUAAGGGAUAAACGCUAUAGACAAUGAACGAAUGAACAUCUUUCACUGCAUGACAUGUUGAUAUCCUACAUAAUUUUGAUCCAGUUGUAGCUACGUGUUUGCCUUUCUUUAAGGUUGAAACGGAAGCGCUGCACUGUUUAGCACUACAUUAUAGAUGAAAAGUAAAGUGAAUUUCUGUUGUGUUGCCAGAUCAUAUCUCACAAGUACAGGAUAUUCUUAAUUAAAAAAAAAUCUGGAAACAAAUAACAUUAUGGUCAUAUUUUACUGAAUUAUUAUUAUUAUUAUUAUUAUUAUUUUUGCCACAGUUUUAUAUUGUAGGCCUCAACUGGGCAGAUUUUAAACCAGGAUUGGACUGAAGAGUAGGUUCAAUCUGGCAACCCUGGUUUCUACACUACCAUCUCCUUCACAAUUGCACACACACUUCAUGUUGGCUUUAAUUAGCUUGACAGGAAGAAUUCUCGAUGCGUCCACAGCAACCUGGUGUUAAUAAAAGCUGAACCUGCACCGUCAUCCUACUGUACUCCAUUCAUGACAAUCAGGAAGUUAGGGAAAGGAGUUUUAAAAUUAUAAGACGGCCUUACUUCUGAGUAACCAUGGUCUUUUUCGCUCCCCAUAAAACCAAAUCAAAGUCAAAAAUAAUUUUAUUGGCUUAGUAAGGUUUCACUUAGUAUUUGGUAUCUCUGAAGGAUGUAGUUGAAAAGUUAUGAAACCCUGAAAGAAGUGGUUGAAUUAAGGCUUCUUCUACUUCUUAUCCUUUAGCAAAAUGAACAUGCCAGAGCCCAUGUUACUGAAGUUUUAACAUGCAGUAAAUAUCAGAGAAGAUUAAACAUCUCUCCCUGCUGUUAGCAUCACACAUAACUGCCUCAUUCCUGCUCUCCUCCUCUCAUCACUUCACAAAAGGUUUUGGAUUAACAUGGUCAGACUGGGCUCAUGGUUUCAGAGUCAAUCAUUAAACACACAUACACAUACACACACUCGAACACACAGUACCACACAGUCCCAGGGCAGCGGGAGUGAGAGUCAGGAGGGAUUCUGUCCAGAAGGAAUCAGGUGCUGUUUGUCACCUGGGUAACCAUGUCUCCAUGGACAUCACAAGCAGCCCAUCGGCCUGUCUGUGCCAAGUCAGGCUGAUCUGAAGUCAGUAGAUAUGACGUCAGCGGACUUAGACCAAGACAUUUGGAGUCUCAAAGUCAGAGUCAAACACGUAGCUGCAACGACAGGUAAGAGAGUACAAUUUUCUUUGCUUUAAAUUCACAUUUAUAUGUUUUAUAUCAGUUUGAUUUAGAGAGCAUGAAAAUGAGUGUUAUGGAAGAGCCAGGAGCCUUUGUAUUAAUGUGCCUGUUAUGUUUAGUUAAAUAAAUGAGUUCAAAGUGAACCUAAAAGGGACAGAAGUAGUAGGGAAGGUGUAGCAAGUCACCGAAUCAUAAAAUGUGUCCAUUGGUGGUCAAGUAUCAAGACACUAAAUCAGAACAUCAUGAUCUGUUGGAGAGGUAAAUACCAAAUCUUACAAUUCCUGUCCAUUACAGUGGUCUUCUAUUUGUGCCUGAGAAGAGCGGUUGCCAUUAAACAUUACGGAUGACUGACCUGAGGACAGAUCAACACUCUGUCCAGUCAGUGUGGCGUGAUGAGCACUACAAGCAAUGCCUGCACAGCUUGUUUGGGGAAUCAGUUGCUGAGUAUUUCCUCAGUUCUGCCUACCCACCCAAAAACACUCCUGGCUGGUACACGGAGUUAACAGACAACAUGAGAGGUGAGAUAAGUGCAAAGGCUUUAUGGGAUGCACUAAGACGACGCUCUACAAAGAUUUUGGAGGAAAUGGAAACUGAAACCUCUCCGCAGGUUGAAACAAUGCUAGUUGAUUGGAAUUUGCGAAAGAGACAGGACCAUCUGCUACGACUUUCAGGUCUGAGGUUCAUGUACCUCAAUGCCCAGUAUAACCAGGCCUACUCCACCCUUCUCCUGCAGCAGAGACUUCAGUCUCCUCUCUGUAACCUGGAUAUGACCAAAGGACCUCGUCAAUAUCUAACAGCAGACAACAUGCUACUGACAGAAUAAGAAGAUGAGCUUGCUAUCUAAGAUUGUAGACCUGGAGUAUCUCUCUUUUGUGAAUAAGGCUACUCUGUACCUCAUGGUAAUGACAUUCUGAAUGCUGAAAUACUAUUGAAUAGUGUGUAAUACGGUUGUUAAUUAUGUUUACUGCAAGCACAGAACACAAUAUAUUAAGAGGGAUGGAUCUUACACCUUUAGAAAGUGGUCCAGGAUUUCUUUUUGUGUUCUAUAGCUUUUUAGCUUUUAUUCUUUUAGUGUCAUUUAGAAGUCAAACUUAAAUGCAAAUUCCCACUAACAGUGUGUACGCAAUCAGUAUGUGUAUAGACAUAGCAUGUACUGUUGAAACAUAUUCAUGUGAAAUAUAUCACGUGUUAGCAUCUCAUUGCCACAAGGAGGCAGAAAGUUAUUGCUGUAGUGAGGACCAUUGCAACAUUCACUUUAUCUUUCUAGAAUUGUUGGCUAUUCGGUAAUCUUCAAGUUGAUGGCCUUAUUUCUACAUGAUAUAAUCUGAUAGAAUUUUUAUUUGCCAGUCUAUGUUUAUUAGUUCUGUAGGUCAGUUAUAGUUAGUGUGUUGCUCAAUCCAAAAUUUUUUUUUAAUCAAACCAUUUUUAUGUUGGUACAGAAAAACCAUUAGCUGUAGUUGAUCAUAAUCACUAACAGGAAGUUAAGAGGCUUUGACCUUGGCAAGUUAAAAGACCUUUUGAGUGCCUAUGAAUUAAUAAUCGAAGUUGGUGUAUGUACAUUUUUGACCCAGUAUGUAUAAGUUUCACACUGUGCUGAUUUCA